AACAUUAAAGACGACAAGGAGCACGUUGGACGUUUCUGUUGUUUUUAUAUUUCUCAUAAACGCUGACUGUUAGUGUUGUAAAACAGGCAAUAAAUGUAGUGUUUUUUUAAGCGUUUUUAAAAUGGGGGACAAAAAGCAACAAACUAAGCGAAUUUUUAUCAAUGACGUCGACGGAUAUUCCUCCAAGCACCUCGCCAAGUUUUUAUCCGCAUGCGUGGAGACCUCUGAGGAUGAAGAAGAAGCGCAGGCAUUAACCUCCCCUGAAGGUGAACCUGCUUUCCACGUCGUGGGGACUGUGUCUAGUUCCUCUAAACGUGAAAAGUUGGAUUUUUUACGGGAGAAAUAUGAGUCACCAACCAAAGAUGAGCUGCUCCAGCACCUGCUGGAGUGUGAUGUGGCGGUGUACAACGUCUCAGAAAGUGCCACAGAGCGGCAGGUUGAAGAAGCAACAUGGGCGCUUACAGCCCUUCACGAUGAGAUGGAGAGCUUCAAAUCUCAGAAGUUCUUUAUCUUAGUCUCCACUGUGAUGACGUGGGCCAUGACCAAACCUCCAAACCCAGACGAAACUGAUGCUCUGCUAGAGGAAGACUUCAGAAGAAGAAAGCCUCACCCCAGUUUCAAAAGCCACAACAGUCUGGAAAAUCUUGUGCUAAAACUGGCUAAAGGGAAAAAGUCCAAACUUGUUGGCUAUGUUGUAGCCAGUGGUCUCCAGUAUGGAAAGGGGGAGGAUCUCUUUCAUUACUUUUUCAAGGUUUCUUGGCUGAUGCAGUUUCCCAAAGUUCCCAUAUUUGGACAGGGCACAAAUUACAUUCCCACAAUUCAUGUAUCUGACCUUGGAGGAGUGAUCCAGAACAUCAUUGAAUUCAAGCCAAGACCAAAGUACAUUGUAGCUGUUGAUAAUUCAAAGAGCACUUUAGAGGAUAUUGUGAAGAUGAUAAGUCAUGUGCUUGGACCAGAAAAAAUUCAGAAAUUACCACUACAGGAAGCGAUUACCAUGAAGGCAUUUAAGCCAGAGGAACUAAUGUGCCUCAGCAUCAACCUCCGCCUGGAGACCUUUAUCAUAAAGGAUUUUUUCGACCUACGCUGGACAUCUGAAGCAGGGAUGAUUGAAAACAUGGAGAGCAUUGUGCAAGAAUACAAAGACACCAGACAGCUGCUUCCAAUUAGAAUCUUGCUGAUUGGACCCCCAGCUGUAGGGAAAACUACCCUUGCAGAGAAGCUCUGCCGUCAUUACCAAUUACACCACAUCAAACUCAAAGAGGUCAUUGAAGAGAAGAUUACACAACUGAAGGAGAUAGUGAAUGGAUCUAAUCCUGAAAAUAUCCACCAAGAGGUAAUGACUGCUGCACAAAAACAACUGGGCAAUAUUAACAAAAGCAUGGAAGCAAAUCAAGGUCGACUGGCUGAUCAUCUGCUUUUUGAAAUCAUGGAAGAAAGACUGAACUCAAAGCCAUGUAAGAACCAAGGCUUUGUUCUUGAUGGUUUCCCUGAGACUUAUGAGCAAGCAAAGAUGAUUUUCUCUGAUGUAAACGAGGAUGCCGGGAAUGAAGAUUUGGAAUUGAUGUCCAAAGCACCAGCCUACAAAGAGAAGAUCACUCCAGAGUAUGUAUUUGCCCUUGAUGCAUCAGAUGAGUUCCUGACAAGGAGAGUACAAGGACUUCCAGAAAGUGUGGCAGAGAAAAUGUGCUACACCCAGGAUGAAUUUCUGCCUCGUCUGACAAAAUACAGACAACUCAGUGGAGUUGAGGAAACACUGUGUGACUACUUUGAUCAGAUUGAGAUUCACCCAUUAAGUAUUGAAGUCAGUACAGAUGACCCAGAGUACACAGACAUCAUGAAGAUGAUCACACAGGCAGUGGGCACUCCCAAGAAUUAUGGUUUGAGUCCAGAGGAGCAGAAGGAGCAGGACUGGAAGAAAGAAGAAGAGAGGAGGUGGAAACUGGCUGCAGAGGCUGCUGUGAGGAAGCGCAGGAAUGAGGCUGCACUGGCUGAGAUGGCUGCUCAGUAUGAGGACUGGCAGAAGAAUUUAUCAGAGGUGAAGAGACAAGAGAGUGAGUUGCUGGAAGUUCAAGUUCUUCCUCUGCGGAACUACCUGAUGAAGUAUGUGAUGCCAUCACUCAGUGAGGCCAUGUUAGAGUGCUGCAAGAUCAAACCGGAGGACCCUGUUGACUUUUUGGCUGAAUAUCUUUUACGGCAAGAGGAAUAAGAAUUACUCUAAUGAAGGCCCAAGGUCUAAUGCUCAUCAUCAACAAGAAAAACCGAAACACUGUUACAGUAUUCUUAUUAAGAUGGAGUGGUUUGAUGAGAUGGUAGCUGAAGAUUGCAUUAUCUGCAUGUUACAUAAUGCACUCAGGAUUCAAUUAAAACACAUGUACACAAAGCUCAUCACCAAAAGUCAGUAACUGCCGUCCUGUGGUAUGAAGAUAAAAUAAACUUUUAUACAUUUUCAGCACACUUAAAGUAUAGAUUUUACUAAAUGCUCUGAGCUAUGAGUGGGAUUGCAGCUCUGUCUCCUGUGACCCUCCAGCUGGUGGGUGACUCAGCUUAGACUGUGGCUGAGUCAGCACUUACUGGAAGAACGACUAUGCUGGACCUGGUUUUAUAUAAACACGGUACUCUUCAGAAGUCACACUCUAAGGCUCUGCAGGUGAUAAAGCAGAGACAGACUCUUUAAAGAAGCAUAUAUUUUUAAUGUAUUGUCAUUCAUAUGGACAGAAACCUGGUGUAUUGUGCUGCAUAUGUUAAUUUUUAUCACUAGAACAAAAAUAGUUGUUGCUUUUCUGGUUAUUCAUAAUUAAAAAAACAACAACAACAACAGCAACAAAUAAACAGAAAGGAAGAAACUCAGUGUGUAAAAUUUCCUGCUUCAGUCCAGCAAUCUUUUAAAAUCUACUCUUUCAACACCAGAUGGUGCAUGGAGUCUUUCUGAGAGCCUCUCAGGAAAAGGAAAGAUGGGUACUUGAAUUAAACUGUUUUUGUAAUUGUGUUUUUCUCAAUUCUCCCAAAAGACAAGAAGGUGUUUAUGUUACAUGCACUUCCUUGCUGUGCUGAAUAAAUUAGU